AAAUGUUAGAUGUAUUUUUGUUAAAAAAAUGUUAAAAGUCUUACUACGUUUCGAGAAAUCAAAUGCACGCGAAAACGCCCCGUUAAAGUUCGAAGAGCAGAGCAAAAAAUAAUUUAUAUUGAACGGGUGUGUGUUUUUCUCAUUUCAACUAAACAAUUGAUCAUUAUAAAUUUAUAAUAAUCAACAACGUUAGGUUAGAUCUUUGAUUUGGAUCUUCAUUUAGGGAUUCAAUUAUGGAUAGCAUAAUGAACAAGCUUCGGAAUCUCGAUGCAUAUCCAAAAAUCAACGAAGAUUUUUAUAGUCGCACGCUUUCUGGCGGUGUUAUCACUCUCGCUUCUUCCAUUCUCAUGCUCUUGCUUUUCUUCUCCGAGCUUCGGUUGUAUCUUCAUGCUGCAACUGAAACUACGCUUGUUGUAGAUACUUCUAGAGGAGAAACGCUUCGUAUCAAUUUUGAUGUUACAUUUCCUGCACUAGCAUGUUCGAUACUUAGUCUCGAUGCCAUGGACAUAAGCGGAGAGCAGCAUUUGGAUGUAAAACAUGAUAUAAUCAAGAAAAGAAUAGACUCUCAUGGCAAUGUGAUAGAAACAAGACAAGAUGGAAUUGGUUCUCCCAAGAUUGAAAAACCCUUACAAAAACAUGGAGGCAGGCUUGAGCACAAUGAGACUUAUUGCGGAUCCUGUUAUGGUGCUGAGUCGUCAGACGAGGAAUGUUGUAAUUCCUGUGAGGAAGUUCGGGAAGCAUAUCGAAAGAAAGGUUGGGCACUCUCAAACCCGGAUGUAAUUGACCAGUGCAAAAGAGAAGGAUUCUUAGAAAGAAUCAAGGAAGAAGAAGGGGAAGGAUGCAAUGUGUAUGGCUUCUUGGAAGUAAACAAGGUGGCAGGGAAUUUCCAUUUUGCUCCUGGGAAAAGCUUUCAGCAAUCUGGUGUACAUGUGCAUGACCUGCUAGCUUUUCAAAAGGAUUCAUUUAAUUUAAGUCACCACAUCAAUAGAGUAGCCUUUGGUGACUAUUUUCCCGGUGUCGUAAACCCUCUUGACCGUGUGCAUUGGACGCAAGAAUCACCAACUGGGAUGUAUCAGUAUUUUAUUAAGGUUGUGCCAACUAUGUACACUGAUGUGAAUGGGAACACUAUCCAGUCAAACCAGUUCUCUGUGACAGAACACUUCAGGACUGGAGAUGUAGGCCAAUUGCAGUCCCUCCCUGGAGUUUUUUUCUUCUAUGACCUUUCUCCAAUUAAGGUUACUUUUACAGAAGAAAAUGUCUCGUUCUUACAUUUUCUUACUAAUGUGUGCGCCAUAGUUGGAGGUGUUUUCACUGUUUCUGGAAUACUAGAUUCAUUCAUCUAUCAUGGCCAAAAGGCUAUCAAGAAGAAGAUGGAACUCGGUAAAUUUAGCUGAUAGUUAUUCUCUCAGCACAUACCUCACUGUUGUUGGAGUACUUUCCAGUGAAUGAUGGCUCUCAAGAGACCAAAGAAGAUCAACUAAUGAAUGAAAUUCCCCGUGCGGUUCCCUGCGAUCUAUUAGUUUCAACCUGAGGUGUGUCCUCAGGUCUUGUCAUCAAUGAAGUUUGAAACGCUUGAUCAUAUCAUGUACAAAAAAUGCCAGUUUGCCAUGAUUCAUAUCUUUUCUGAAACAGCUGUGGUGGUGUAUUCAUGUCAAUGUUACAUACUUUUUGGAAAGUAAAGGGACUUUCAUUUAUAGCCAUGGACUUACAGAACUCCUUUCCAGAAACAUCAAAAUGAGAUGCUAUAGGAAAACUUAAAUUAAAUCGAAGUGAUAGUUUAAAAUGACAUUUAAUUCAGUAGCUGCACUUUAUUUUCUGUUUUGAUGUGAA